AUGCCAGCUGGCAGUGACGGUUGGACGCUGCGAGUCAACGAGGGCGGUGGCGGCCGAGCUUUAUCAGCAAGUGGAUGGGGGAUGAGGGAUGGUUUGAGCUUUGCGUCGAUUGUAUCGUUAUCCCCCCUGUCUGCCGCAACCAGGCUGUUCUCCGCACGCGAGUUCCGCUUCGGGGUCCGUGAGAAACCCGCAGAAGCAACGGCCAAUGAAAGGCAUCCCUCUCAGCUGGAUGGCUUGCUGUGA